GAAGAACCCGGAAGUACUACGGCUCGCUCGCUCCCACGUCGCUGCGGUAACGCCGGUAAAGUGUGUCUUCCGGUGCGGCCGAAGCCUCGAAAAUGAUGCUCCCGGCUUGAAGAGACUCUUCCCCCGGUCCACGAUGUCCAAACUGCGGGCGGUGAAGGCGCUGGUGGCCGAGAGACUGGCGGCCGCCGCGGAGGAGAUCUCCAGCGCGGCGGAGAAGAAGCUGCGGCUCACGUCGGAUAUGACCCCUGAGCAGCAGAGGGCGUCCGUGCACGAGCGGCUGUCGGCGGUCGCCGACGAGAUCUUCAGGAUUCUGGAGAAAAUGUUGGGCGAGGACGGGGCAGAAGUCUCCGGUUCCCACGAGGAGAUCCGAGGUGAACGGCAGCCGGAGGCCGAUGUACACGGAACAGGCGGACCGCCGCUCUCUCCGGAGGACGCUUCCUCUGAGCAGAUCCCCAGAACAUCGGCUCCACCUCGGGGUAAAGACGCGUCUACGGAGGCCGACCGUGAGCCGGUCCACGUCGAACCGCCACGCUUUCACCGGACACAAAGAGCACAAUCGGCGAUGGAGACGGAGACGCUGGCGCCUAGCGACCGCGAGGUUCUCUCGAAGGAUUCGAGCGAAGACGACGACGACGAGACGAGCGAGAAACGCCUCGAAUCGAACAAAAGCAGAACCUUCGAGAGUCGCGGUCACGGCGACGAUUGUUGCGAAAUGUGUGGAAGGUCUUUCCUCCAAAGCGCCGCUGGGAAGAAACUCCCAAAACGGGAAAGUAAAGUUUCCGCGACGACCGAGAUCCAAACCACGGGGCGGAGCCGCUGUCGAGUGUGCGGGAAGUUCUUCCGCUACAGACGCUCGUUCCUGAAACACGUUCUGGCGCACGGACGGACCUCGGAUCUGUGCGGCGCCUGCGGGAAACACCUGGACCCCGACGAGAGCCUGAAGGUGCACCUGCAGACCCACGGCGAAGAAGACGGGGAUCAGACGGGGGACGGGCGGUCAGAGGAGGAGGAGGAGGGCGAGGACUCUGACGCAGAGAGUCCAGCGGGCGGGGACAGCGACGAGGAGUGGAGGGACGGCGAAGGAAGCGACGGAGGCAGCGAGACCAAAGAGGGGGCGUGUUCACGAAAAGCGAAAACUAAAAGACCAAACAAACCCAAAGGGGCUAAAAAUAAGGAUCACGCGGAGUCGACGCCUCUGAAAUACCGCUGCAAAGUCUGCGGCAAGUACUUCUGCUACAGGGCCUCGUUCCUGAAGCACGUGCAGGAGGACGAGGCCGCCGCGGACCUCUGCGGCGUGUGCGGCGAGCGCUUCGAGUCCUCGGACGGCCUGCGUCUCCACCUGCAGGCGUACGUGCGGACCAACGACUGCGAGGCGUGCGGCAAACACUUCGACGGCCGCAAGCAGCUGGAGGCGCACGCGCGCACGCACACGGGCGAGAAGCCGUACGUCUGCGGCGUCUGCGGCAAGGCGUUCGCCCAGAACGGGAACCUGGCGGGCCACAUGAGGGCGCACACGGGCGAGAGGCCGUACGCGUGCAGCGUGUGCGGCCAGAGCUUCGGCUUCAAGGAGUACAUGACGGCGCACAUGCGCAUCCACACGGGCGAGAAGCCGUUCCUCUGCAGCGUCUGCGGGAAGGGCUUCAGGCAGCGCGGCACGCUGAAGACGCACACGAUGAUCCACACGGGCGAGUCCACGCACCGGUGCGCCGUGUGCGACAAGCGGUUCUACAAGAGCGGGGCGCUGAAGAUCCACAUGAGGUCCCACACGGGGGAGAAACCCUACCUGUGCAACGUGUGCGGGAAGAGCUUCACGGCCAGCGGCUCGCUCACCAAGCACAUGGGCGCCCACGAGGGCGAGCGGGCGCACGCCGGGAAGGAGGACUCAAGGAGGAGGUCACGAGUUUAGAGGAUUCUCUCCCAAUUAUUUAGCGACUUAUUAUUUCUUUGUUAUAAUGUUUAAAAUACCUGGUUCACAUGUUUUGUAGCCUCUGUAUUUAAUGUUCUACGUGGUGCUGAGGAAAAAAAUAAUAAUUAUAUAUAUACACAUAAUUUUUUUUUUCCACUCAUAACCUCUGAAAUGUGACACAAAUGUUUAACAUAAGUUCAACUUUAAUUUAAAAAAAGAUAAACGACACUGCGAUACGAUUAAUUCUUUUUCCAAAAAAAACUAGACUAUGAAUUUUUUUAUGACAUGCUAUUCUAUACUAUAAUUUUUAAUUUUUUACAUUAUAAAUUCAGGAUUCUUUUUGUUUACAUUUUUUACGGCGUACUACGAGUUGAUGGGACGUUUUUUGUGACAUACGAUACUAUGAAUUUUUUUACAGGAUUUUGUUUUGAACAAACUUUUUAAUGAAACCUAAAUUUUCUUUUUCCACAUUAUAAAUUCACGAUUAUUUUUGGGUUUACAUUUUAUGAGUUGAUGUUUUUUGUGACAUACGAUACGAGACGAUCAUUUCAUGACUUUCAACAUAUAAUAUGAAAUAAGAUAUCUUUAUGUUCGGUGUGCAUCUACUGACCAUGAAUCAACACCCCUGAUAUGAUUUAAAACACAAACUCACAGACGUUCAGUUUAAACACAGUUUAUUUUUCUGUUUAAAUAAUUGCUUGGAUCAUCCAGUGUAGGCUAUGUUGGCUUGUCAUACAUGUCGGUACCAGAUUCAUCAUCAACGACGGAUGCUUGGGGAGGUUUUGGUAUGAAAAAAGACAAAAAACGGAAGGAAAAUACACAGAAGAUCACAUUAUGUUUUAACAAUGUGCAUAACAAUACUGUGAUUUUUAUUUUUUUUUCAACAGUCAAUAAAAAGAACAAUAUUUGGAUAAUGGGGCAAAAAAAAAAGAAGAGAUUCCCUGUUCUCAUGUAAUUAGAACCUGUUAAUAAAGAUAAGUCAUCAAAACCGUCAAAAUAAAAGUAUCGGUUGCCCCUUUUUAUUUUAAGAAUCACAGCAGAUCUUAAAGCUUAAACUUCCUAGUUUGCAUUAAGGGCUUACAGAUAGAUGUUUGCAUUUGAUGACACACACACACACACACACGAGGCUGAUAGCAGUUAAACUUCCUGUGUGUGUUUUUUUCCUCCAUUUUUCUUAACAAAAACAAACUUAAAAACAGAGAUAGAUGACAGAAGUGUGAGUUAUUAUGAGUGCUCCACAAGGACACAAGUACCAUCUCUCUCUCCUAUAAAUUGUAUUAGUGCUUUUUUUUUCUUUUUGAAUCGUGAGGAGGAAAAAAAAAAAACGUUUAAAAAAAUAAAGUGACAUGCAGCAAAAUAUUAUCUCUCUCUGAAGACAAAAAGUUCCCACGGACGAGAGCGGAAGAAGCGGUCGGCGUUAAAAGAAACGUCCUUUUGUUUAAAAUCAAGCGGUUAUUAUUAUGUUGUUGUUGUUCUUCCAUUCGUUUCCCAUUCAGCUUGUUUUUGUUGUUGUUUUGUUGUUCCGGCGCACCUCAAGGCCGAUCUGCAAAGCGCAUAAAACAAAUCUGUGAAGCUACUGAUUAUUAUUAUUAUUAUUAUUAUUUGUUGUGUGUGUGUGUGUGUGAUUUGUUUUAAAGAAUUUAUACA